UCUUUGCGCUCUCAAUUGUAUAACACUUCUUAUUCUCAUAAUUCGGUACGUUCUUAAACAGAUGGAAUGAAAAAAACGAUUUUUUCUGAAGAGUGCUGUUUUGCACGGUGUGGGGGAUAGGUGGUAAAAAAUGGUUACGUGAUCAAAACAGUCAAACGGGUAUAUUAAACGAAACAGUUUUUAUUCUACUUCCUCUGCCCCUCUGCUCUGUUUGGAAGUUAAUUUUUUGUCGAGUUCAUAAAACACGAGCAUGUCAAAGCCUUUGGACGUUAACUUCAAGGCGCUGGCUGACGAGAACGACGAACUUCGGCCGUUUGUCAAGGAUGGAAAAAUUGACUUUUGGGAUAUGAACGCAUUACAAGCUUUGACAAGGGCAAUUCUGUCGAGUCACUUUCAUUUAGAUCUGCAUUUAGGAAGUGAUUGUCUGUGUCCGAUGGUCGUGAACCGGCAUAUGUACAUUACGUUCAUAAAUGAACUACUGUGCUCUACUUGCGAACAUGCUCCUGAAACAGUUUUUGGUCUUGAUAUUGGAACAGGUGCUACUUGCAUUUAUCCAUUAUUAGGAUGUGCCACAUACACAAAUUGGAUAUUCUAUGCGACGGACAUCGAUGAAACAUCACUGGUUCGUGCCGCCUUCAAUAUUCGGCGAAAUGGUUUCGAGGAUCGGAUCUGGUUGUUGGAAAGACGGUCGCCUGAAGAUGCACUAUUACCAUUCAAGACAAUUGAAGCUAAUGGUUGCAACUUGUCAUUUACUAUGUGUAAUCCACCGUUUUAUGCUACAAUCGAAGAAGCUAAAAAUACUACACAAAAGUUAACCUCUCCGUAUGCUGUGUGCACCGGUGCCCCAAACGAAAUGGUUACUAAAGGCGGUGAAACAGAGUUUGUCUUGCGCAUUCUGCGCGAGAGUUUGCAGCAAGAUGAGCGACGGAGACAGGAGCACAAAUCGCACUUGACCUGGUACACAUGCAUGCUUGGUAAAUUGUCUACCGUGGAGCGUAUUGUCGUUGAACUACGAGCAUCCUCCGUUAAUAAUUACGCUUUGCACGAGUUGAUUCCUGGACAGACCAAACGCUGGAUCAUAGCGUGGAGUUUCUGUGACCAACGGCCUCCUCCUGAAUUAGCUCGACCUGUUUCGCGAUCUCUUCACAAGCUGUUGCCUUGGAACACAAAGCUGCGUUUCCUUUUCCCUCUGUCAAAAGAAACAAACUUGGUGAAAGAACGGUUAGCUCUUUUGCUGGAUGAAUGGAAAGUAUCGGUGCAAUGGGAAGAAGACGUCUGCCAUACUGACUCGCUUUUGUUUAAUGCUGUAAUUAACGCAGCCAAUGACACUUGGUCAAGAAAAGCUCGUCGAAAACGUAUGAAAGAAUCGGCAUCGGUAUGCAACUUUGUGAACAGUCCUCCUGUCUCGGUUCUACGCGUUUGCGUUCAAUUGGAAUUGGAAUUGGGUUAUAGGGAGCACAGGAGUUUCCUAACCUUCCGUUGGAAAGCUGGGAAGGAUCCUAUGUUAUUUGAGAGCUUUGCGAAUACAGUAUAUCGCAAACUGACAACAGCGACAGCAUAAACAACUGCCAGUUUCGUCCCAAGCUGUGUUCAAAAACGAAAGCUCCAUUAGACACAAGCACACAUACACACACACGCACAACAAAUACAUCCUCCCAUUCCACCACCCACUCACAGAUUCUUCAUAUGCUGGUUCUAUUUCGUCAUGUCUUAGUUAAGUUUAGUUGUCCUUCUUCACGUUCUUGCCGUAGCUGUCAAGUUCGACGAGGGCAUCGUUCAUGGCCUUGGUUGUUUGAGCCAUCAACUCGGGAAUAUCAGCAGUGGUCUUUCCCUUGGUCGAAAUAGGAUUAAGGACCUUGAUGGUAAAGGUACCGGGCUGGAUGUGCUUGGUAGGAGGGUGGAAAAUGUGCGAGUAGUUUUGAACGGCAAUAGGAAUAAUAGGAGCAUCUGCUUGCAAGGCCAAAUGGAAAGCACCCUUCUUAAGAGGGAGGAUCUUGGGCUCCGUCGCGUAGGAGCGAGUACCUUCAGCAAAAACCCACGUCUUAAUUUCCUCACGCUUCAUACGCUCGGCAGCAUUGGCGAAAAUCUUGAUUGCUUCACCACGCUUAGCACGAUUGAUGAAGACAACGUCGGCGAGAAUCAUGAACCAGCCUAAAAAGGGGACGUAUCUGAGUGAGUUCUUGGCAAUCACAGAGCAGUAUGGUGUAAACGUUCUGCCAAUUACCAUAAUAUCCAGUUCGCUCUGGUGGUUAACAAUCAACACAGCACGAGCUCUCUUCUUCAGUAUAUCAUGGUUCAAAACGCGAAUUUUAAUACCGAGGAUGGUUCCUCCCAGCCAAUAGUACAUCCGUGAAGUCAAAUAUUGGCCCAUGAUGGCUCGUCCAAAACAACGACAAAUAGCAGACAUAACCGUUCCAUAAGCAGCAGCAACAAGUAAAGUACCGGUACUCACAAACGUACGGAUACGAUACGAAAGAAAUUGUCUAGGGACCAGCCGAUAUUUGUCAAGACUAAUGACACCUGCCACGGCGGCGAUGCCUGCAAGAAUAAGUUUUUUCCAACCGACCAUUGUCAAACAGAAACCCAAGCGAGUUCACGAACGACUUGUUUUAAAUAAAAAAGUUUACCGACGGUACAAGAGGAUUUUGGAUUUGGAGUUGCAGGGCCCCGGAGCUUGAUAUUUAAGAAUUUUGGUGGUGGUGGAAGCUGGUGACACCGGCUGGCUGUGGAACCACCACACUCUGCCCUGGAUAGAGCUUUGUCUGGGUAGAAAAAGUUUGAGUAGGCGGAUUAAUAGUAAUAGGAGAAAUGAAACUCGCCAAGGGUGUGAAAGAGAUUA